AUGGCUCCAAACCAGUUCUUGAAACCGGAGACCGCCCAUGAAAAGGCAAAAGGUGCGUUUUUAAACAUUAGAACCAACUCAAGCUAGUAACUCCAUCACUUUAAAACCAUUUAUUUGAAGCAAACUCGAUUUCAUAGCUACGUGGAUGUCCCCCAGGCGAAGUUGGACCUUUAUUCACCUCCUUAUCAAGUGUUGUGUUGGUCAACUUUGGUAACAGGCAAAAUCACUAUACGUAGCUGAAUAACCAGCUAUAUUUUGACUGUUGGUUGAACGUCAAUGCUCUUUUCUCGCGGGCACACCAAGCUAUUGGGGCGUCUGCACAGUCCUCACAAACUUUCCGCGAUUUGACUGGGACUUAAAAUCUUACACAUGUAGCCAGGUUUGAUUAAGCAGAAUUCAUCGUGUCCGUUUUUGGGUUUUCCGCAACGCACACUCCUGAUAAUACAGUUACCACGACUGCAACAAGAGGUUUUUACGUGCCUUGUACACUGUAAUAGUGCUUGUUUUCUCAUGGGAAUCGUGGACCUCACGUUUUUUAGACCAGCAACACUAUAGUCAUUCGAGGUGGGCUAUUGGGGCAGACUUUGUGCAGUCCUCGAGACAGAAAAGGCAUUUGCAUUUAUUGGAAGGUGAUGGUAUCUAGUGCAUGCCUUUUCACGCCCUAUGGAGUUUUUUGAACUGUGCGGACAACCAUAGAAUUUCAUUUUUGGCGUCUGCCGCCGGUGCCAUUAUAUCUUGGAAGUUUCAUUGCUACUUUGAGCUACAUUAAAAUCAGUCAUCACAACUCUGAGUUUCUCAAUUUGUUACUGAAUACCUUUCCGCCUGUUAGUGGUUAAAUUAUGCGACAACCCCUCUAAAAUGUACUUGUAUCUGGUAUGGCUACGGUCAUGCCUGAUCCAGUCGGCCUCUAUGAUGUCCCGAACCGUACCUUUCCGCGCGCGACAGCAGAUCUGGGCAGUUCAACCCAUUCUCUUCAUCAACGACGGAGGCCGAAUACCGAAGGUUCAAAAGCCACUUCCAUGUCUUGACGAAUUGUAUCGAAUCAGGUUUUGAUUUGAUCCCCUCUUCGACGCUCCCAAUGGGGUAACCGUUCCGGAUAGAGGGCAGUAAUACUGAGCUCCUCAGAUGGACGAUGAGGAACAUGCCCAAACCACCUUAGUCGCCUUUCAUGGGUGGCUUGGGUUAUCCUUGUGAUGUUGCAGCGAGCGCGGACUGUCUCAUUUAAGACGAAGUCGGGGUACUUCACUCGAAGGAUAGACCUUAAGCAGUGGCAGUCAAAUAUCUCCAGUUUUCGCUCAUUCUCCACGCGCACAGCCCAACAUUCACAACCAUAGAGAAGGACAAACCGGGCGGAUGCACGGUGCAAGCGAAUCUUAGUGACGAUGGAGACGUGGCGUCGGAUUCAUAGGCAUUUUCUAAGGUUUGAGAAAACUCGUCGGGCAGCAUCAAUUCGGAAGACAAUGUCGUCCUUACUUUGUCUAUUCGGCAGCAGCCUCGUUUAGAGGUAUCUGUACUCAUUUCUCCUGGUGGGGCCUCGUAGCUUAGGCGGCUAGAGGCUUUGUUGUACUAAAGCCUCUCCUCGCUGUCGUGGAUUCGAAUCCCACCGAGGCGCCGUUUUUCACAGUUGGGUCAAAAUGAAGUAUGUAAAUCGUCGUCUUCAACUUAACAGCCACCAAUCCCGAGAGACACUUUCUCCUGGUCAGGGAUACAGCCUAGAAACACUGGUCUUCCUAGCGUCUAUGUAUAAACCGGCUGAUUUAGCGACCUCGUUCACUGGUAACACCAUAGCCUGCAGGUCACCAAAACAGAACAAGCGACUGGAUACAACCCUGUCGAAUACCAAGCCGAAUGCCGAACGGUUGGAAAAAAUUGUUAUAGACCAGAACUCGCGCAUUGCUGGAGCGGUGAUAGGCCUUGAUCAUGGCGACGAUUUUUGGCGAUGCACCAUCUUAUGCCAUUAUCCUCCACAGGGACUCACGAUGGACAGAAUCGAACGGGACGACAAAGUCAGCAAAACAGACGGCCAUCGGUUGCUGGUAGCUAUAGCGGAAUUCGAGCAUGCGCCCCAGUGUGAAUACCUGGUUUGCACAUCCACGUCCAGUACGGAGUCCGGCUUGGUUGGGCGUCGUCCUAGAGCCGCGCAGUCUGUAGUCGACUGAGAAAAGCGAAAGCGAAUAUCUUUACAGCAGCGUCAAUGAGGCUUAUGCCGCGGUAGUUCUCGCAUCUCGUCUUAUCUCCCUUGAGGGUAGGUACAAGAAUGCUCGAGCCCCGGCCGUCAAAAACAACUUCGUCUCCACGCCUGUUUUACCACCUCACGCCAUAGUGUCGACACAAGACUUGUAGAUUUCAGCGGGUAUACCGUCCUCUCGGGGUGCCUUGUUUCGUAGCCUUUGUAUGGCAUCGGCGACUCCUUCAGAAAGGGAGUCGCAUUACAGUAUAUGUUGGAGAGGGAAGAAACUCCGCCGCAGAGGAGAGUGAGGGCGUGGUGAAUUGGGUAUCGGAGUUGGGAAGAUGCUCGAAGUGUUCAUGCCAGCGCUCGUUUGUAGCCGUUAUCAGCUACACAGCCGCCAUUUACGCCGCGAACUGAGUCACUCAGUGUAGAGGGCUUACCAACGUUCGAAGUCUGUUCCAAAGAGGUCUCUUUUUCAGCCCAACACUUCCUGCGGUCAUUCAUGGUCGACUUUGCCGUCAUUUCCCAGAGUCGGCUGAGGGAGUAGUCAUUGUGGGAUCUUGCUCGAGAUGUCUGAGCAUAUAACUACAGGGUUCUUCCGCUGAUCCAGUCACUGUGGCUUCGCUGGGUAUUUCCAAGAAUUUUCUCAGCUGCACCAUAGACUGGUGUUUUUGGUGACUACCACUGGUUACUGCCCUCGUCGGCUUAAGUCGUAAAGCAGGACCGAAUUUCCCUGCUUAGGGCCGCGGCAGUGCUGGGUUGCCGGAUUUUUGCGGCAUCGAGGCGUCUAGGGUGUGGAAUUUUGGGCGCAGAUGAGAGGUGAACUUUCAACGACAUGGUCCGACCUAUGGGUGUUACCAUUUUCGGCACAACGCAUCUAUCUGCCUUGAGCUGACUAGAAUGUAGUCAAUCUGACUGGCCGCAUAACCACCGUUUGAAUAUCAAGUCAACAGAUGUUUGCUACGAUGUUGGAAGCACGUGUUGGUGACAAGCAGUCGGUUCUGGUCAGCAAAAUUUUACAAUCUCUCGCCGUUUUCACAUCGGGAACCAAGCCCUAAACGGCCAAGAAGAUGACUGUUUGUGGAGUCCCCAGGUCCAGUCUGACAAUUCCAAUCCCUGACAACAAUCAGCAGAUCGCGACGAGGGAGUCUUUCGACUAACGCCUGCAACUGCGAGUAAAACGCUUCUUUAUUGCGCUGUUCGGCAGCUGAAGUUGUUGCGUACACAUACACGAUAGAGAUUUCGUGAAGUGACCCUUCAGUCGCACGUAGGCCAUCCUGUUCCCGAGUGGCUCCCGAGCAAGCAAAGGAAAGUUUGAUUGUUGCGAGAGGGCGACUUCCACACCGUGCUUAUCAGAAGAGUCUCGUGGGCCGCUGUGGUACAGGAUGAAGUGUGACUAAAUUGCUUCGCAAGGUUAAUGUGGUCUAGCCAACGACGGAGCUCCACUAUGCAGGCCAACAGUAGCAAACGCAGAUAGUUACUGUCUAGUUCAUUCCAGAUAUCUCUGAAACUCGUCAUACUGUAGGAGCCUGCCAGUGUUUUUGCGCGGCCUGCUCCCAUUUAUUUCCUGAACUUUGCAGCUCUUAUAGCUCCACAAAACAAUCUAAAUAUGUGUUCAUAUCCUUUUAGUGACAUUUAUAACUGCUGAUUCCACCGACUCGUUGUUUCAGGCCUAAAAAAAUUGCCAAUGACUGCUUUCGAUUUGCAGUUCGCCGGCGGCAGACUUUCCGGCGAAGUUAACCUGGUUGACACACUAGUCCUGAGAUCUGCGGAAUCCGAGAUGCCGUCUGUGUCGCCUUUCACCGCGUCCAUCCACGUCUUAAGUUGGCUAGCUUGGUGUCAUCGUCAAAUAGAACUCGGUUCAGGCGUGAUGAUAUCAUCUCCGUCGUCGCAUUCGGUUUACUUCAUGACCUGUCUAGUGGCUACUACUGCUACAGCCUAUCACCAAGCGGGCGACGCACGUGUCUCUCGUAUUGCAUUGCUGUCAAAAAGACGGCGAAUUUUAGUCAAACCCACAGUUGCCCGGCUCGACUCAUCUGAGUCGAGUCUUGACGCGUCGUUAAUACGAAGCAGUAAAGAGUGAAGUACCAAAUUUCGAGUACAUUGCUCAUGGGUUUAAUCCGUAAAAAAGCGAAUCAAACAAUGCAGAUAUAUCCUCGCUUUUUAGACGGAACAUUGACAACUGGGCUGCCACCGUUCAGAAAGAGUUAUGGUUGGCAGUAUGCAUGACUGAUCCUCAGAUUAACGCGCCGCCUCCUUUCAUCAUUAAGUUAUGGCACCCUUGUGCGACACACUUUCAAACAGCUGAUCAUUGAAUGGAAGUGGCUUAAUCCAGUACAGCGUGAGCACUACUCAGAAUCCCUACUGCGGUCUAAGUUGGGAUUAUCCAAAACCAAUUCUUGAAAGAGUUUAUUUGUUUAGGAAGUUCAUGCUACAAUUGUUUCAAAAUCAACUGGCGCCAGCUUGAUUUUGGCCGAAAUUAGUAGCCACGUGGCUUGGAAACGGGAAAUGUGUCCCAACAAUGCACUCCGACAAAGGUUUAUAAGGGAUUUGCAGACACACUUGACAGGCGACGCAUAUGGUCGAUUAAACUCGUAAGGUGUCGGAAUGCCCCCUGUGCUGUGAGCGGAUGAGGCGUGUGACAAGUUUGUCAGGGCUGGAAACUUAUUCGCCAGUCGCGGCGCGACAGAUGCACAAAUAAACGACUAGACCACUGGGCGAUGGAAAAAACGGUCGCGUUGGGCACAGACUGGAAUCGAGUCCACAUUGUUGGCGAUAGGGGCAGUAACGGUAAUAUUUUGUGAGUCGGUAGAAGUGUUCUUAUUUAUGUUGCUAGUGGUGGCGCGACUGUCUCUGAUGAUGGGUUCGAGUAAGAAUCCGAAACGAUAGGCCAAUAAACUUCUGUUUCAGUGAUCGCAUCCCGUUAUUUACCUAUAGUGGUGGUGUGUUAUGAGAUAAGAGGCGAGUUGGUCGUGCUGACAUUAAGACAGAUCCGCAGAUUUCUGACGAGGACAAUGUGUGCCCGGAGCGUUUUUCGACGGUGGUCACGAUGGCGGGAGUUGCUGUGAUGAAUAUAUCUCUGCAUCGACUUCGGCCAUUCCAAAAAUCGAAAGCUCAGUCUUUCGGUUUUAAUCAAGGUUGCAUUUGCGACCUUAGGUGAACGGUGGUUCAUUGAACUUUAUAGUCUCUCAUAACUUUUUUGAAUAAAAAUAACAUCACGUUCUUUCGUCCGAAACUUGUCAUCUAUUUAAAGUUGGAUGCUUAAAUGAAAGAGAGUGUGCAUGUAGAGGACCUUCUGCUUUGUCUCCGUGUUUGCCACUUUCAAAAGGCUCCGAAAUCCCUCCUGUCCUCUCUUGCCAACCCGUCUUUCUGGUGUGCACUUAAUAACAUCUGGCCCUACUUUUUAGAGCUUAUUGGGGUUGGAAAAAAGUCCAAUGCCUUGGAGGUGCUGUAUGAGAUGAUGAGAUUCCGCCGGGCUCGAAACUGGCAAAAGAGCCUGGAAGAGCCUAUGCUUCUGUUUGUGGAGUUGUGUAUCGAACUCAAGAAGAAUCAGCACUUCAAACGAAUAAUUCAUCAAUAUCGGAACAUCUCGAUUCAAGUAAACCCCUUUUCCAAUCACGAUAUUCUUAGGAAUGCCCCCAAUCGCUGGACGACGUACUGAAACAUUAUUUUGGCCUAAUUAAAGCAAAAACAGAGGAGGCCAGACAGGAAUCGAAGGACGCAGUGCCUGAUGUUGAGGACCUGGAAAUUGCUGAAACUCCUGAAAGGUACGUACAGUUUCCGUUCUAUAUACUCUUAGUCUUAUGCUGAACGCAGUAAGUGCUGAAGGCACUCAAGGCCGUUCUGACCACACGAUUCUAAUGCCAUGGCUGAAAUUUCUUUGGGAAGCCUAUCGUAUUUGUUUAGAUUUGGUGCGCAACAAUUCCAAAUUCGAACAUGUCUAUCAUCGUAUUGUAAGGGAUGGUAAGCUUAGUAUCACGUAAUAUGCGUUCUCUUUAGCCUUUGACUUUUGCGUAGAAUACGGACGAAAAACGGAAUUCCGGAAGCUCAGCGAAAUGGUGAGCAUGAUGCAAUAUAUAUUAUUCGAGUUUCGGCUGCUAUUCUAUCACAGAAUUGUUCAUUUCGUUUUUCCCCUCAUUUUUUUGAAAAGCGCCCAAGUAGGUUGCUCACACAAUCAACCUUUCUAGUUGCACUGCAUGUGUAAACAAAGUAUUCCGAUUCGCGGCUCAGUAGAUUAGUUCCCAAUGAGUAAUAGCGAUCUUUUUCUCCCUUAGUUUAGUUACUUCCAGGCAUUCGACGUAACACUGCACUGUUUUGUAGCGGGCGUUCCUACUAGCUGUUCCAUGUGCCACUCCUGCUCGAGGGUCGCACUCCCACUUGAGCGGCUGAUCGUUUCUGUACCGCUUCCAGCUAGGGGUUUCCGUUUGAUUUGGGGCAGUCGCACAUUGAGCUCAGGAAGGGACUAUGCGGAAUCGGCUCAGGCUCAUCUCUCCGCCUUUCAUGGGCGGUCCGAGAUAUUAUCAAGAUGCUGUCACGACAAGCGCGGAAUGUCCCAUUUAAGACUACGUUCGUGGAUGGUUCUCAGGCAGCGAAAGUCGAAGACCGCAGAUUUUGGCUCGCAUUUACCCACAUGACGCAACGUCGGCAACCGUAAUGGAAGGCGAAUGAAACGGACGUUCACAUUGCUCAAGAUGUCACAUAAAAUCUGCUGGUACCCUUUGGGCGUUUCUAAAAACUCUUCAUAUGACAUCGACUCGGCGGAAGAUAUCAUCAUCACUCUUGCGCCCUCCAGACUAUAACUUGGUCCCGAGAUGUUUUAAACUGUCCAUAUCAGACUGAAGGUCGUUAAUCAGGAACUGUGUUGUCUUGGUCGAGAGGCAAGGUUUGAGAAUAGUUUAUUUUUACUUGUGUAUGCGGAUAACCUCAGUCAUCUCACACUACAUUCUGUAAGUCUUCAUAGCCUGACGCUCUCAGACCCUAUCUAGGGACUAAGUCAGCGAUGUAAAUAGAAUAGAUGAUAGGAAACGUGCUUGCGAAAAUGCUGACCGAAUAACGAACUUUUGUGAAAACUCGUACGCCAGAAUGCCUGGCAAAAGUAAGGUCACUCUUUUGGUUGGUAGGCCGCCAAAAUUCACUGUCCGCCGCGGGGCCGCGUGUUGAACCCAAUCUAAUGCACUCAGUUAAGCAGGUAGCUGUCAGCUGCCGGUGCCCUGCUAAAAUUCGCAGACGCACUAAGUUUUCAUUUACAUCCAGCGCGUCUAGCCGCCUCUCUGAAUCCGUUCUCACUUUCCAACAAACCUGCACAUGGGUCGAUUGCGAAUAUUACAAGGUAGAACGUGAGUGAGCAUUUGUCAGUGUAAGUGAAGUGGACACAACAUAAAUUUUAGAACUCAGAGGCAGGUGAAUGUUUAUGCGAGAAGUAUCGCGAAGGGCAAUUUUCCGCAUCGCUUUGGCUACAAACGCCCGAUUGGAGCGGGUAUUUGAAAGAAGUAGUAAAAUACCUUGACCUGAAUCAGGCGGCCGAUCUCUACUCUGGACGAUAAAACACGUCUUCUAAUUGCAAUCAGAAAAAGCGGGCUAAUGCAUCUUCACUGCCUUCAAAAUUGUUCAGCAAAUGGAACGUACAGUUGACAACAACAAUGCUUACCAGUCAUUAGAGUAUGAGACUAAUUGUUUCACGAAUUUUUCAUCACUACAAAAUCAGCAGGACAAAGGCAUGACUAACUACUAACCAGUAUUAUAGUUCAACCAUGUCUUCCCAAGACAAACGCUCCAAUUUCGUUGCGCUUUUGAUGACAGAAAGAGACGCCUAUCAUACAGUUUGUUAAAGAGAGAACAAUGACAGAUUCAUCUAGUUGAUGUUUAAAUGCGAUUUGCCAAGCUCAAGGACAUUUUUUUCGAUGCCGCGAUAUUUGCUGAUCGAUAUGCACCAACAAGGGUACGAAAGGAUUACAAACUCUACUUACUUGCUGCAAAGUGCAGCCAACGACAUCUCGGACAACUCUGGAUGAAUUCGCCGCAUAGUUGACUUGAGUUUUGAUUUUUUCUCUAGUCUGCUACCAUAGUGCACAAAUGGCCUUAUAACUGUCGUACAAAUAAACAAAAAGAAAAAGUCAGCCUACGCCAAUUAUGGUAGACCAAGUUCGAGAAGAAUGGCGACUUAAUUUCAUGACUCUGCCGUCAUCGCCACUCACAGUGUAGUCUUUCGGUGCAGGGAAACUGCAAUAUACUAUAAGUUGGGUGAGUGUGUGUCGAUGACGCUUGCCGCAUGCUCCAUAACAGUCAGUGUGCCGACCAGUAGCCCCUGUAGUUACUGUUCAACGACACUGUCUUCGCUUUACUGCGCCGGUAAGAGUUUGCUCGGACAACCAUAGGGUUCUUGAACUGGUCCUGCCUUUAUAUCGUCCAUAGGUAGAUCAAGAAAUUACUUCAUUCACUCCGUUGACCGCCGAUAUUAAUUUCGACCAUUUACUGCUGUCUUUUAUUUCCAUUUGGGCUGCACUUACUUAACCGCUUUUCGAUGCUUCUCUCCUUUCAGCUGCGGAUGCAUACUGCAAGAAUUCAAACACAACCGGUCGCUCAGAAUGCCAUCAGUCUGACGAAUCCAGACACCCAAAUUUGGCAUUUUGAAACCAGACUGCGACAGCUUGACUGUGCUAUGCAACUUGAGCUCUACAAUGUAACUUGCGUUAUUUUUUGUUCUGAUGAGUUCUCCUUGAAAAUAGGAGGCGUUCAAAACCAUCGAAGACAUCUGGAGCUUAGUUUUGCUGGCGAAGACUAUUGAUCGACCUGCUUUGAUGGCUGACUACUAUAACAGGGCAGCGGAACUCUUUCUCCGCUCUGGCUGCUAUCUUUUCCACGCAGCCGCAGUCUACAAGCGCCUGGUAUUGUAUCGAGAACACAAGAAGGCGUUGACACCGGAAGAGUUGUCAGCUCUUGGUUCAAAAGCCCUAUGCGCGGCCCUGUCCAUACCCCUGCCACAAGCGAGAAGUCAGUUUUCUCUCAUGUCUGCGGAGUACAAUCAGUCCAAGCAGAAGGCUCUUGCAAAUUUGCUUGGUACCUAGUUAUUUGGUGUUUAACCGUCCCAUUCCAGGCCUUUCCACGGUACCCACACGUAGUUCGCUAUUGACCGACCUGUCAAUGGGCAAGAUCCAGUCAAUUGUGCCCCCGGAGCUAACACAACUCUAUCAAGCUUUUGAACUCGACUUUCAGCCGCUUAAGCUUGCCGAGAGAGUGAAACCGGCCCUUGACCGCAUUGCCGAGAACCCAGCUUUGAGCGUUUACCAAGCACCACUGCAAGAGGUGCUCGUCUCGAAGACACUCCUUCAGCUCUCCCAGGUUUACCGUACACUACACUUCAGCCAAUUGGCCAAACUCUGUCCAUUCUUUGAGCCACUCGCUCUCGAAAGAUGCGUGAUUGAAUUGAUUUCCAAUCUGGAGCUGCCGAUGCGAGUGGACCAUCGACGUCAGGCUAUCAUCUUCGACGUCUACAUUGAUCUCGGUAUCAGCCAGAAGGAUUAUACUCAGGCCAUUGGGCUGCCGGCACAGUCACAGGUGGGCGUUUUUUUAACUUUCUUGAGUAAAUUGAGCCGCCUGCUGUUAGUAUUUUCAAACGGUGUUUUUUGCUUCACAGGAGGUGGAGGGCCCAUUUAUUCCACAAACACACGCCGGCCGAUGCGUGAUAAUACGGCUAUAUUAACAUUCUUUUGUGCAUAUUGUCACCAGCAGCGAAUAUUCUCACAACGGGCGACGUGCUAUCAGCGCGAUGGCAUAGAGGGAAUCAUUGACACGCCCGUGUUAGCGAAUUUUAUUCAGCCCUCUCCUCGUAUUCAGGGUCGUUCGCCACACUGCGUUGUCGCGAGUUAAAAGGGGAUUAGCAACCAAACGCAAACGUGCUUGAGCAAGUUUUAAAUUGAGCGUGCUGUGUACUUGCAUCCCAUGUAGGUGCAUAUGUAGUAUGCCUUUUCGAUGUUGGUGUGCCUCCCCAGAAGUGACCACAAGUUAAACCAAAUAACCCUCCUUGGCUUCUGGAAGCAGUGUGGUUCUCCAAAUACCGUGACCUACUCAGUUGUAGCUGAUGUAACAGUCAACCGAGUGGAAGCUCUUGAGCAUUUUGAGCGCAGACGUCGCGGUUGCUAUGCCAGUAGACUUCAACAGCAAUAAUUACUGCUCCACGGUUAACCAUCCUUGAUGACAAAUUGUAAAAAGGUCGGUGAUCCCCGGUCAUGUACUAUCUCUUCCCAGGCCUCCUACAGUUUCGGCUUCCCAAGAUCUCGGUCAUCAGAAAGUUGAUUUUCAGCACCUCCGUUGUUGCCAUCUCCUCAACUGGCGAGUAGCAGUAGCAAUUACAAAAAAUUAUCUGAAAGGGCUGCCUCAAUUUGCACUUUCAAGCGAUUAUGAGGUUGCAAAGGUCCGUAAACUGACCUCCCUGCCAAUCGAGUCUAGUGCCCAUAAAUUCCCCCACCUCGGUUUCCAUAUACUUUUGCCACCAGUACCAUUUCGAAUGAUAAUAAAGUCGGAACUUUUCAGCGGAAUUUUUCGGGCUGCUACACUGAGAAUCAUUCCCCCCUAAUCAUUUUUGUACUCGUCCUUCGUGGGUCCAGCAGUUCCCGACACAAUGCAGAGUUUGCCUGUCUACCGUUUUUUGGCAGCUUGAUAGAGGAUUUGUAGGUUUGUACUCAAAAUUCAGUCCUUCUCACCGGUGUUCCUUGUCUUCCCAUCCACUUUACCGAGGUAGAAAGAUCUGACGAUACAAGCGAAAGCGUGGGUCUCAGGACCACCUUGAGAGGAAGGCGACUCGAUUACUGCAGAAACAAUUUCAUUGACCUGAUGCCUCAGUUUUGCGCUCGAAUCCCUCCUCAGAGACCACAACAGAUAGGGAUGGUGUGCGCACAAGGGUUGCAGAGUUCAUAGGGUGCAUCUGCUCUGCCAUCACGUUCCUAUCAAAAUUAGUAGCUUCUGCGUCCAUUGCAGAUGCUCCCACUUGGUGCGAUGUCUGCUUGUUUAUCGCAGCUUCAUCUCCAGUGUCAUUUGUGUGAUAAUUACUCGGCAAUUUGAAUCACGGAUACAAUCGUCGGAUUUGUGCAUGCUGCGUUACUUCUACUGCGGAAUAUGGACGACUGAAGAUUUGUGAAGCUAUGGUCUCAUCGCACAUCUCACAAAGGCAUGCGUACACACGUCCUGUGCGUUCACUCUCCCUAGCGUCACACACGACCGCCGGGGGUGGGGUGGGGUGGAAUUUAACUAUCGAAUGCCCGAGAGAAUGCAAUCAGUUCGAUUUUUUUUGCUUUUGGCCAGUGAAUUGCCAUGUCAACUGUUUUAAUUGAUUCUUUCAGUGUUGUUGCUCGUGAAUGGUUGCUUAUGGGCGGCAGACUCAGUCUCUUUGCAGUCGUGGCCUAGUCUUCAUGUUGCGUGCCUUCUCCAAGGUGGGAAUUUCCGGUCAAGAACGCACAUGUGACCACCCCUGAGAAUAGGAUCGUUCCUAGAAGUGUUUCUUUGCCUCCUCAUCAAUUGGCAUAGUUGGGGCACAACAAUAAUGGUUAUAACGUGUAAUUGGACAGGAGUACGUCAGAUCGGGAUCUAAGCGUUUGUGUUCCUCGACAGCAGUGGUGUCGUCUUGGCCCGAUUCACAUCCAUUUCCGUCACCGUAAAGUAGAUAGAAUUUGGCUUUUAACUAUCAGCCAUGCUGUCAGUAUGGGGAAUCAUUCAGUAUUUUUGCAUUGCUGACUGCCUGUUGGCAGCUUGUGAAUACUACGUAGUGAUUCUGCAAUAGCUGGUGGGGUUUCAGCUCAACUAGUAAUGUAAACUUUCGGACCGUGCCUAGAAAGCUUUGUUUCGAGCAAAUUAAAAAAGAGCAAGAUAAUUAUUCGUUAUUCCCUUAAAUUUAGGGCCUGGUGAAUAGGUUCAUGGGGGGCAGGCAAUCUCCCCGUCUUAAAGCUGAAGGCUCAAGAUAAUCCUUAAUUGCCGGGCUCCUGGGUAUGCGCAUGUCCUGCGAAGACGCAGACUCGUAUCUUUUUUUUAAACCUAUACUUUACGGUCUUCUCUCUUACUAAGCUGCUUAAUACGUUAGCUGCUUUCUUUGCCGCAGACUGUUGCCACUGAUCAACUGUCGCGUCAGUUGGCUCUGUACGCACAGUCUCUUCAGCAAGUCACUGAGCUGCUCAAUUUGAAUGAACCCCUGAAUACCCAACGUGACGCUUUCGUCGAGGAAUACCGCCGCAUAGCCGAUCAACAUCAUCGUGAACUCCUGUCUAGACGUUACUUUAUUGAAGACAAGAAAGAACAGUUAGAGAAGCUACAAGAGGAAAGAGCUAAGGUAACUUAGUGACACUUGUCAGAAGAGUUACUUUCUGCGCCCAUUUCGCUUGCCAUCUAAUGCAGACUUUUAUCUACUCUCCAGUUUAUUGAACAAGAGGAGCAGCGCAUUGCUGAGGAGAAGAGGGAACUUUUGAAGCAGGAUAUUGAGCAGCUGAAGCGCGAAGAAAUCGAACGAGAGCGCUUGAAGAGUGAGGAGGAGAAGACGCGUUUGCGACGCAAGAUUGCCCUGGAACGCCUUACCCUUAUUAUGCGUUCCGACGAGAAUGGCCUAAAUGCUCUAAAAGAUAUCACCGAUGAACAGCUUGAUCAAUUCAAUGCAGACUCUAUCAUGGAAAAGAAGGCAUGCUUUCGUUCUCCCUUCAUACUUCACUUUGGCCGUAUUCUACCGGCCUGCUACGGCAAGCCGGCCUUUGAAUGCAUUCGUAGAUUUUUGUGCCUGAAGUCCAUUUGCAAGAACUUGAUUGACAGAUUCAUUCUCUCGGGUCAACCUGACUCGACGGUGCCCUAGUUACCGUUUGUUCUCUUGUAGAUUACAGAGGUUGCGAAGAAACGCCGCGAUCUACUGGAGAAGGCCAGCGCGCGCGCCAGGAAGUUGGACCACCUAACACGGGCAAUGCGUUUGGAGGAGAUACCUCUUUUGCGCGAAGCUGCGGUCGCUGAGGAACGCGAACGUAGAGAGCUCUAUGAAAAAGCACAGCAAGAGGCCGAGGACAACUCGCGAAAGGAACACGAAAAUCGGCUCAAGAAUCGGGAUCGACUAGUGCGCAUGCAAUCAGAUGUGCAGGUGAGCGACGUCCUAUCUUUUAAUCGUUUCAGUUUUGGUUUUCGCCAUUCUUACGUAAAGCUGGAGACACUUCUUAACGUCUAACUGAGAACGUAAAACGAAAGUGGAUUUCGGUUACGGGCACGCAGUUGGCUUCUUUCAUUAUGCGGUCUCAUCAAACGGUUGUUCUCGCGCACCGUGAAACUCUUUUGUCAGACUUUGGUAUAAUUUGAGGACUGUAUGUAGUCGCUCACCUCGAAGUUCUAUCACAUGUUGAUUCGACCACCUUCUUCAUGGCGAAAGAGGCUAGAUGUAGUAGACCGAUGACAUUGAAUCCAAUAAGGUAUUGGUCUGGUGGCCUGCCGUGCUCUUAGUUCCUGAUCUUCGGUCUAAGUUCCAAAUUGUCUGGUUGAGCUAUUUGCAGUCUCAGCCGUGAUCGACUUUUUAGCCGACGUGGAUCGUCUGUUCAGCCUCAGAGGUCACGUCAUUGCUUAGUUCUGGUCUUGUGUGGGAGUCACUGUCCGGUUUAGGCGGUGCUUGGCCUUAACUGCGACGACUGGUGCGCCUUUACCAGGCCUAGAGGUAAGGCUUAUGCGUGGUUGACAGGCCGUUGGUUGUCUAUUCUGCUGAUACUCAUGAUGGCGACUUUGUUCCUGCUGCUGCUGCUGCUGCUGUUUGUUAUUUUGGUGCCAAAUGAGGUUUGGGCCCGAAACUACAGUCUCGACCCGACCUUGGUAUAUUUCUCUGUUCUCCAUCGCUUCUCGGGGCAAUUUCUUGGUGCCCCUGUUUUCAACUCCUGUGACAACAAUUUGUUGCCUGCAUUGCCCUUCCUUUCGUUAAUGUAUAUGUAUGUAUGUGCAUGCUUUAUUUGCAGCUUGUACUCGAGGCCCUGAGGACGAAAGCCUCACGGAAGUACAAGGAGGAAUUGGCCGAGUGGAAAAAACGGUGCAAUCAGGUGCGUUCUGAACGGCUGGCCGAACGCCAGGCAAAAUUAGAGGCCGAGCGUCAGGCGAAAAUAGAGGCCGAGAAGCGUGCAGCCGAGGAGGCAGAACGCGCACGAGAGGAGGCUGAACGUCUCCGCAAGGAGGCUGAACGUCAACGAAGGGAAGAGGAGGAGGCAGCGGCACGGGCAGAGGCCGCCGCAAAGGCGGAGGCGGAGCGUCUGAAACGUGAGUUCUGAACCGCAGCCCGUGACCGAGGGACGAGAAGGCCCUGCUGACGUGUGCUGUCAUUUGAGAGUUUGCCAAAAGCUACUUUGAUCUUGAUUGCGCCGCACACUGGUGCCUGUGAGCCCCUAUGAUGGAGGCCCACGCGAAAGCCAUUUUCACCUGUUGUGUCGGAUCUUAAUCGACCGAAGGUACCUUCAGAUAGAGGAGACAGGUUGAUGGCUAAGUAACUGAGCGACGUGCACGGGUGCAGACAUGCGGCCUCCUGAUUUCAGCAGUUAUGAUUCUCGGCUGCGUAGGCCCGAAAAAAUGUUACACCUAGUGUUUUGUCAAACUGUUGACCGUCCUGUUUUAUUUCGGUCUGCCGUUACCUUAACUGAACCCCACAUCACCCACGCCCACUAUCUCAGUUUCGGGCGCUACGGGGAUCAAACGUUUGAACCGCAGGACUCGGCUGACCACCGUCCCCGUCCCCGCUCCUCCGAGCUGAAUCCUCUUCAAUACGUAGACCCGUGCUGCCCACUCACUGCAUUUGCCGUCCAGGUUGACUUGUUCGUAUGAGCCGAUAGUCGGACAACGUAGUUGCUACCACCAUUAGCUUAAUAUGGCUGGCGUCCUCCUUCCGCUCAUUUUUGAGAGCAGCUGUUGCCAUGCAAGCUUGCUGCGCGUGGGUCUUGCGGGCACAUGCCUUUCAAGAUGCAUGCGACAGGACAUCUAUGAGGAAAUAUGACCACGGUUCACCUUCCCAGAUGCUACUCGGCGAGAUCAAGGCGAUCGAUGAGUAUCGGCACGAGAUGCAAAGCAUACUCGCGUUUUGCUGUGAGGGAUGAGGGCGCAACCUCGUAAUGUCUCUGGCAUAACUUCGCACCUUCGAUUUUAUCAAACACCCUUUUACUUUCGUGACCAGUUGCACUAUUCUCUCUAUCGUACAUGCAACACAUCACCGUGGAAAUGGUGAAUAGACUGGGUAUAUUAGUGCUUAGCCAUUGGAAUCUCAUUGUUAUCUUUUGUCUCUAAAUAGGUGAAGCCGAGGCCGCCGCAGCAAGCAAAAGGGAGGCCGAGUUCCGUGCCGAAAGGGAAAGGAAUGCUGCCCCUGCUUUCGCGACCGCGUCUCGAGGUUUGUGCUACACUGUCUUCGCUCAUCGGAGCUGGUGGACAUUCACAAUGUUAAGAGUACUUUUUGGUUAUGAGAUUGCCAGAAAAUGACUUUAAGUAGCCAUUGGGGCCAUCCGCGUAUAGCGAUCACAGCGUCAAAUCUACUUGAUAAACCUGUCGAUCAUGACCUUGAGUUGCUGGCUCUGUGCUGUUAAAAGGCAUCGGGAGGCCUGAUGCGCCUUUCGAGCUGUCGGACCUUGUGGCACCGGAACUUUCCGGUUUUCCUGUAGGAUUGGGAUCCCAGGAUGUGCAUUUCCGAGAAGGUGAUUCGAUUUCUGGAAUCUCGAAAUUUAUGCCAAGUAAACCGGGGAACUGUUAUAUUGUAAGACACGUCUUACGAUGUCCUUAGCUGAUUUCAUCUCUUUGGCGGAAGCCUGAAGACUGUUAGUCCAUACCAUUUUCCAUACGUGGCCCGACCAUCCGUUCCCUUGAAUCACCGCCUAGUUCGCCUCCAAAAACUGACUUCGUUGCUGCUUUAGGCCUAAAAGAGGGCUACAAAGGCGGUUGUCAUACUUCCGACGGCCGGUGCUUAUUGUGUUAGAAUAGAUGGUAGCAAAGAAAAUGUAUGACGCGCGUUAGGAGACUAUGCGCCACGCCAACCUCUGGGCUAGUUUCUUCUGCUCAACCUGUGUUUGCCACUGGGAUGGGGACGAAACAACCGACCCAGCUCUUGUCGGGCGCACACGUUACUCACAACACAUAGUCUAACCCCUUUAGACUGACGCGCUCAAAGUCGUGGUCUUGAAGACUGCCAUCACUCAUUAGUGUGGCCAUUAUGGCAGUGUAUUCCUCUGAGGGAUCCGUCAUCCACUUUUCCAGAAUCUAGUCUGUUUGCAUACAACAGUGAAGACGCGUGUGACAGAGGUCGGCGAGGAAUCAAGCUCGCUAGCUAGAGCGCCCACGUUCAUCUCUAGCCAUUUUAACUUUACCAGUAAAAGUGGUGAGUGUGUCCAGAGUGCGGGGCGAAUUCGGCGCAUGUCUCCUUCACUACAAACAAUUUGGGACGCAAAUCACCACUGCAGCCUCUGUACAGAGUGGGUCGUCAUCGUGUGCAAUGGAAGAACAGGUAUGGAACAUUUAAUCAACCGGCGUCUCUAUACGAACUACCGUUUCUCAUCCGCAUUUGCAGACAUAUUGUCCGGACUAUUACAUCCCGUUAUGAGCUCCGCCAAAAUCAAAAAAGUGUUGAUUGAAAAUUAUGGUGGAUGAAAGAGAGAGAUAAUGUAUUGGGGCCGUUAACGGCCCAUCCACGUCCCGUGGGACACAUCUCGGUAAUGAGGAAGUGUUCUGCAGAGCGUGCACAAGCUACAGUUCCUGCGGACAGGGUGCGGAACAAAGCCGUGACGCGUGCAGGAAACAUCUACGGGCCUGACGUUCCGCAUGGCAAUCCUAACGCGUUGCGGGGUCACUCUGCAACUAGGUCGUUGGUGUAUGGACCCUAAUGACUGGCUUACUGUGUCCGUGAGUGUAUGCCCCUCAAGGUGGUGAGCAUAUCCUUCGCCAAGACUACAGACUUCUUUGACUUGACUGGACCCUUCGCUGAACUCGGUGACGACAUCAAUUGGCGCUUGCUAAGCGACGGUAUUUUGCGUUAAAUUACUAAAGAUGAUUGGGGUAGUUUCCCCAUCUGCAGAUACCUGGGACAUACCCUAAGCGUUUUGAUAGCAACUUAAUGUCAAUGUUCGACGAGCUCAGCGUCUAACAGUAUUUAUUCCAUAACCAGACUAGUGACCGCCCCUACGUAUCAGCCAAGUACGAGUGCUUUUUAAAAUGCCAUAGCUAAGCGGCUAAGCCAUUAUUUACCGAGGUGCUGCCCCACGCAUACUUGAGGGGAACGAAAAUUUUUGGGCACCAGUGUACAGGUGAUGUAUGACAAUCACUGUACGAGGGAUUUCAGUAGUGGAUUCGGUCACGUCUUUGGCUGUCCGAUGAUUACCUUCCCAAUCAUAAUGCGAUCAGGCCAGUUAGCGUGCAUGGUCUUAAAUGUUCCUGCUACUCCCAUGUGUUAUUUUCUGCCCAACAAAGGUGGUGACGCCGAACCACCCGCUCGUCUCUCGUGGGCAAGACGCGGCCAAGGGCUUCACACGGAGACUACUGCCCCCGUUUUCGACCGCAAAUCGCGUCCUAAUGCUGCCGCAGAGUAAGUUGCUUAUGUGCUCAUAGAUUUAGCCACAUUUCCAAAAAACAGCUACAUCUUUGGAACGCAUUCUGUCCUGCGGUACUUCUUAGUUCAGAACUCUCGCCGACUCUAGAGUUUGUAUUUCAACAAGUUCGGUGAAUUUUCACGUAUUGCUGGAAGAAGCUCUCAGCCCCAGCGACGAAGUCUUUGUGUGAUCAUAUUAGGUCAUUGUCGAGUACUAUAUUGUUUUUAAUCCAUUUCUAUCCUAAUAUAAGCUCUAAAAUUUAACACUACUCUCUCAGCUUGUCAAUUUGUUUUUGAAUUACCGAGUAACUGAAUCCAUUGGGGGAAACACCUCCGCUCAUCCCCUCUUAUCCGACGAAUUUGUGCUUAUUGUUUUAGGAUUUUUGUCCGUCUCUGUUUCAACAGGAUGUGCGAUAAAUUUCAGCAGAGGGAUUUAUAUUUGUUAAUGAAAAUCGACUUUCGAUAUAGAUGCACAAGCAUGUUGCAGAAUAUUUCCUUUGAACGACGACCUAAAAGGAUCUUUUAUACAGAAAAGACAGAAGCCAUUUGGCCCCUGAGCUCUCUGCCCAGCUAACGUGGUAAUUCCGAGUUUCCAAUCUGUCGUAGUGAUUUAGAUCUGGAUCGAGCAUUGGUGAGAGUAAAAAGCCUGGUUCAGGGAAACUUAAUAUUGAUAGAAGUGGCUCAUAGUACCUGCAUAUGACCAUUUGCAGUUAGCCGACCCAUGUCUUUUCAACACUGACCGAACACAUUCGGUUAUUGUUUGUCUAGACUGCAUUCGUCGUUUGCCCGCGGCCGUGGGUUUGAGGCUGGUGGGGGCUUCCGUCAUAAGUAAGUUUGCCAUGCAAGCAAACCCUUGCUGCUGUCUUCUUUGGUCUGCAAUUGCAGUGACUCAUCCCUCUCUUCCUUUAGUCGUCCUGCUUUCGGCAUAGACACCAGCUCCUUCGGUUGGAUUCGCAAACAGGUUCCUCCGCCUGACCAGAACCCUGAGUACGUUAACGCCUUGCGAACCUGCUUCUGGCUUUAACUACCCGGCUUCUCUAAUAGCCGCUCUUUCCAUCCAAUCGCAUGGGGUCUCUUUGGGGAACGUUCUGAAUAUUCCCUGAUGAUCCUCCACUCCAACCCGUCCUGCAUAAUUUUACGAUGUUACUUGCAUGUUAGGUGGGAGAUACCCCUUGCUCUUUUGGCCAAAAAUUCUCUGUAUUGGGCUCUGCACAAAAAUAUUAAGCCAAUUUAAGUUCUUUCCGAGUAACCGAAAUGAAAUUUUUCGAUUUGCUUGUUAGAUGGCUGGAAUUUUUAAAUGUCUGAAACCACAUAAGGAAGGCAACCGUUGGCACGUAGGCUGCAACUGCAGCCUGAAAAUAUGUCUGUGGGCAGUUAUUGUGCGCCUUUGUCUUCGCGAACUACCUCUGCGCUUAGGGAGAAAUCAAAUUUUAUCAAAAAUGAGUAUUGCUUUCGGUCUAUGGUUAAAGCUAACUGCUAUGUUAGCCCUCCUUUUCCCCUCACAAAGUGGUUAAUAUACUCCCUUUUAGGCCGAAAUCCACCGAAAAGCCCACCAAACAGCAGCCAAAACAAGACGAAGGUAUGUUCUAUUCACCAUCCAUGAUUUACUGGGUAUUGUUUGGUUGCGCUACCUGCAUUGGUCAACGCCAACCGCAUACAACUGAUAUAGAGCAACUGCCGUGUACUCUUGCCUGUUUCCACGACUUGACAUGCCAGCAAUUUUUCAGAGGCGACUUCAAAAUUUCCCGUCAGCCUGCUGAUCGACCACGCUUCUCGAAGGUGUGCCAUUGAGGCCCUGCCAAAAUACACGACCUAAAUGUGGUGGUGCACUUAUGUUUGCAAUGCGUACGUUGUAGCUGAUCCUAAAUGCGGUAGUUUAGAACCUGCGCCAGUUGCUACGAUAGUUUAAUGGUUACGAAAGGCGUCCAAAUGUAUAAAAGGAAGUGCUCCUACCUUCAUAAGCACAUCGUUCAGUUGCCUAUAAACAUUUUGAAGGCCGAGAGAAUUCAUAUUACUCUGUGAGGCAGAAGGGUUAAAUAAUGUUCAAUUUUUUAGACAGUUGAGUCACUCGCGGUCAGAAAAACUCUUUCUACUAGACAGCACGAAUGGUCAAUUUUCAGAUUAACAUACAUCUCUUCAUCAUCGAGUUAAUGUGCCCGUGUGCUAAAGAUUUGCAAAAUACUCAAUAUAAAAUGGAAGUGGUUUAAUCCAGCGCCACGAAGGCAUUACUGGAAAACUCACCCUAGUCGCAUACCGGUGAGCAGUGCUGUUAUAAUCGAGGUUACUUAAAACUCAUCAAGAGGGGAGCUUGGCUGGUGCAACCAGCCUAUAAUAGUUUAGAGGACUUUUUUACCAUGAGGUAGUAACUCCUAAAUGCUGAAUACUGUCACGUAUGUCACACCAAGUCAGGCAUCUUAGAGUCUGUAAUACGGAUAUUUCGACUGUCCCCCCCCUGACGACAUCCGCUUCUGUUCCGAAUUGGGCACAGUCGCGGUAAGCUAGAACAUUUGUUUAUGGUGAAACAGACUUGUGCUGCAUCUGUCGCAUGCUGCACUUCUCGUGUCCGUCGUGAAGGCGCCUGGGGACGUUCUCGGAUGCAGUGAGGGACAAAAUUGGAUGGCCCGCCUGCACACGCCCGCUUAGGUACCAGAAAACCCAUACAGCAGUCAUGCAGUGGGGUUCUCCAACGUCGUUGAUGGCAAACAAUGUAUACUAUGUGUCACCUCAGGAUGCAUGGGCAGUCACACUGACAAGGUGACUUUAUGGCGCAUAUUUAGACAAUUUACCAGAGUCCUUACCGCCGUCCUUAGCUAAGUGGUUUCUGGAUUUCGUUAGAAUCCAAAUGACAAAAACGGGGAUCCAGACACUGUGUUGCUGAAGACGAUUUGUGUGUAGAACACCUCUGACGUGCCGAAGCAGAUCCAACUGAGAUGGAGCAGCAGUAUUGUGAGAAUGAGUAAAGAUUGCAUGCUAAAAUGACCCCUAUGAGUACGUUGCUAUGGGUACCCACAGACUAAACAUGGUUCCGACUGCGGUAGUUCCUGCAUACCGUCCUAAUGGCACCUACCUGUCCGAGACUCUUGCAGUAAAGCCUACUUCGUAUGGAAUCAGAGGCAAGGCCGCGUGUGGCACGUCUGGACGAGCCAUUUAGCAUUUCAUCCACAACGCCAGAGUCCAUCUCAGGUCGUUUUCAGUUUGCCUUGUACCACGGUAUCUGGGAGGACUGACGGUGGCGUGCAUGCAUCACAAGUCAUUCACUACAAACAACUGCAUGCACGAGCUCCCACUUCGCCCACAUCAUGAGACAGUGAUGGAGCCCGUCGGACUAUCAAUGUGCGGACGUUUGAUAACGUAGUUCUAGUCCUUCCUCAUUACUGAACUUCACCUGAUUGCCGAAUAACGCGUAAUCGGCGCCACACACGUGACAGGUAUUGGAGUACUCCUCUGAGGAAGAUAUGCCUUCCAGAAUGUCGUUCUUAUGCCCCAGAACUUAUCAUUUCUUAGUAAGUCACAUAUUAAUCCCUUUACCUUUUUAGGCCUUCAUUUGGGCUGCGAUUAUUUUCUUUACACAUUUUUCUCGAUUUUGUAGAUGACGGAUGGCAGGACGUGGGCCGCAAACACUGA